AUGUCGUACCCCGUCGUGGCGCUCGGCGUCGUCGCCGCCCUCUACCUCGUGGUCCGAUACCUCAACGCGACCGAUAUCCCCAAGAUCAAGGGCCUGCCCGAGAUUCCGGGCGUCCCCAUACUCGGCAAUCUGAUUGAGCUGGGCACAGAUCAUGCGCGGGUUGCGCAGCGAUGGGCGCGCAAGCAUGGGCCCGUCUUCCAGACCCGGCUGGGGAACCGCCGCGUCGUCUUUGUCAACUCAUACGAAACCGUCAAGCACUUCUGGAUCACUCACCAGUCGGCCCUCAUAUCCCGGCCCAUGUUCCACACCUUUCACUCGGUCGUGUCGUCGUCGCAGGGAUUCACCAUUGGCACCUCGCCCUGGGACGAGUCGUGCAAGCGACGCAGAAAGGCCGCCGCCACCGCUCUCAACCGCCCGGCCACGCAGUCAUACAUGCCCAUUCUCGAUCUCGAAUCCACCGUGAGCAUCAAGGAGCUUCUCGACGACUGCAGGGGCGGCACCCGGCCCGUAGACCCCAUCGCCUACAUCGCCCGCUUCGCCCUCAACACGUCGCUCACGCUCAACUACGGCUUCCGCAUCGACGGGACGGUCGACAGUCAACUCCUCAACGAAGUCACCCACGUGGAGCGCGAGAUUUCCAACUUUCGGUCCACGAGCAAUAACUGGCAAGACUAUGUGCCCCUGCUGCGGCUGUGGAGUGCGCGGAACUCGUCGGCCGACGAGUAUCGACGACGGCGUGACAAGUAUCUGACCGACAUGCUGGACCAUCUCAAGCGUGAGAUUGCAAAGGGCACGGAUAAGCCUUGCAUUACGGGACACAUCUUGAAGGAUCCAGAGGCAACGUUGAACCUUGCCGAGGUCAAGUCGAUUUGCCUGACCAUGGUCUCUGCUGGACUCGAUACCGUGCCCGGCAAUAUCAUCAUGGGCAUGGCAUUCCUCUCCACAGAGCAAGGGCAGGCGGUGCAAGCCAAGGCCCUCCAGGCCAUCCAAGACGUGUACCCCGAGGGCGACUCAUGGGAAAAAUGCCUAGUGGAGGAGAAGGUGCCCUACGUCACUGCCUUGGUCAAGGAAGUGCUCCGAUACUGGACAGUGAUACCGAUUUGUCUUCCCCGCACCAGUAUUCGCGAUAUUCCUUACCAAGACACUGUGAUUCCCGCGGGAACGACGUUUUUCAUGGUGAGUGGUGUUACUGUCGGCUGGCCGUGCUUUCCUUGUCUGCGUCUCUCUCUUGUCUCUCCCGCCUUUUUCUCUCUUCGUCAUCAAUGCGAGCUAAUGCGGCGGUGCUUUGGGUGGGGGGGCCAGAACGCCUACGCCGCCGACUACGACAACGAGCGCUUCAAGAUGCCCGACAAGUUCAUCCCCGAGCGAUUCUUGCAGGACACCGAGGUCGGCACGCCGCAUUAUGCGUACGGCGCAGGGUCUCGCAUGUGCGUAGGGUCGCAUCUCGCGAACCGAGAGCUGUACACGGCGUAUAUUCGCCUCAUCACGGCGUUUGAAAUGUUGCCGUCGGAGAAUGUCGAGGACGCGCCUUGCAUGGACUGCAUCGAGUGCAACGCCACGCCCACGUCGUUGACGCUGGACCCGAAGCCGUUCAAGAUUGGCCUGAGGCCGCGAUCAGAGGCCAAGCUGAGGCAGUGGAUUGCGGAAGCAGAGGAGCGAACGGCACAUUUGAGGUAG